AUGUCUGAAGAUAAAAUCGAGGUGAAAGAAACUGAUAUGGAAGAUUUGCAAAAAGAUUCGGUUAUUGGAAUUGUUCGAGAAGCUCAGAGAUUAUAUAAUAUUGAUAAGGUGAGCUUUGAAAAUCGGGGAAAAUUUGGCUGAAAAUGAGCAUUUUGAGCUGAAAUUUGGGGAUUUUUGAUGAAUUUUGAGCUGGAAAAGUCGAAAUUUCAUGAAAAAUGGCACAAAAUCAUGAUUUUCAGCUAUUUUCAGUCAAAAAAUGCGCAAAUUAAUGAUUUUAGUGUCCAACAUUCGAUUUUUCAUAACAUUUGGCUGAAAAUGAGAAUUUUGAGCAGAAAAAACACAUUUUCAGCCAUUUCCAGCCAACAAAUGCUGACAAUGAUCGAAAUUGGUGAAUUUUCAGCCAGAAAACGCGAAUUUUCAUUAUUUUUCAGCUAAAAAUCAGUUUUCUACUGAAAAUAUUGAAUUCUAGCCUUUCUAUUUCCCGGAAAUCAGUUUUUCCAUGCAAAUUCUCAUUUUCCCAGCGAAAAAACAAAAAAAUAAAAAGAAAACAACGAGACUCCGCGUUGACGUUGCACGCGCGCGUGGUUUGAAUUUAUUUUUUUUCGUUUUUUUUAAAAUCAAGCGUCCAUAUUUCAGCAAAACCUCAUCGAAAUGAGCUGAAUUUUUUCAGCGAACUAGACUAUAGUUUAACUAAGCUAAAUCUAAGGAAACCUCCCAAAAACACCAUUUCCAGGACGUUGCCGCCUUCAUCAAAGAGGAACUCGACAAAAAAUUCGGUGCCACGUGGCACGUGAUUUGUGGAAAAUGUUUUGGAAGUCGCGUCAGCUAUGAAAUGGGACAUUUCAUACUUCUCAAAUCCAAUAAGGUAUUUUAUUUAUUUUUUUUUUCGAAAAAAUUAAUUUUUUUCUGAAAAAUCUGGAAUUUUUUGCAGGUCAACGUGAUGAUUUAUAAAUGUGGUUACUGA